GUUGGAGUUAGAUAGUAUACAGGAUACUAACGUUUCAGUCAGUGUCUAGUGCUAAUGGUUACGUUUAUGCGGAGGGCGUUCACUCGCUUGUGGUCAUUUAUAAGAUAUUUCUUUCCGAACGGUUUCUCCAGAACGAGGGGGGCUUUGGUCUGACGCACAGACUCUUGUUUUCAUCUGAAUGGUCUGGCUGUUCCCGUUUCCUUUGAUUGAUGAGUUGAAGGAGAGCGUUUUAUGUAGCCUACCUUUUUUCACCCCUUAUUCAUAUCUGAAAGCAAUUCAUGAGCCAACAGGAUUCGUAUUCUGUCCCCUUUCCCUUCUCACCGAGGAAAAACAGUCCCGACGUGCUGGAUGAAGUUUCUGAAGCGUGAAAUAAAAUUGCGUCACCAUUUUACCUGAUGCAGAGAAGUUCCUCCGGGCCUUUUUUUAAAGACAAGAUUAUUAUAAUUAUUAUUUCGUUUUUUGAUUCCAAUCCUCCCGAUUUGGUCAUUGUGUGCUCCUCCGUUAUUCGUUUCUAUUUUUGGAGAAGAGACUGACGGAUUUGCAUACGGACUUGGUGAAUCUGUGCGCGCGAGGCAAGCAUCACACACCUCUCUUCCAAGGAGCAAGCCCCAUCUGGGGAGCAUCUGUGGCUUGCGUCCUUCACUAAAUAAUUACGAUAAAUUCGCUCCGUAUGUUUUUGAGAGUGUCUGACAGACUCCUUUAGCGCGUGGCUUCAAAUUCGCGUGUUCACAUUUUCUAUAGGCUUGUUUUUGUCGAUCACCGGUCGAAGACGGGAGGUAGUCUAAACAUUUUUGGGCGAGGAGAAGAACGAAACCUUUCGACAAUUAUUUUCGUGUUUUUGGACUAUGUGACAUCAAACGUCACAGAUAUUGAAUGAUAAAAUAUGACCAAGUACGGAUAUCGGAAAUGUUGUCAGUUUGGAAAACCUUCUCUACAAGGAUUCACGCAGUCAAAUUCGAAAUCAUUUGACAACAACGGUGACAGGUUGUUAGUUGUUGAAUGGCCAUGAUAAAAUGACAACGCAAUGUUCUGUAUCUUCACCGAAAUGUGGUAUUUGGACUUGAUUGCGUAGUGUCGAAAUGUUUUUCUGACGGAUAAAGAAGAUACAUUUUAUAGACACAACUAUGGGGCUGUAGCUGCAGACCGAACAUAAUCGCUUGUUGUUCCGUCUGCGCUCGGUGCCCAACGGGAAACGGGGAACGGGCUCUGUGUUUCCUUUUCCCCCGGGUUGUUUCGGUUGAGACAUGGCAGCUAUUGCCAGCGGUUUGAUACGACAGAAGAGACAGGCACGGGAACAACAAGUCCACCGGCCGACGCCACACCGACGGAGGCGAAGCCCCAACAAGAAUAAAGGACUUUGUAACGGGAAUUUGGUCGACAUCUUCUCCAAAGUGAGAAUCUUCGGCUUGAAGAAGAGAAGGCUACGGAGACAAGAUCCACAGCUUAAGGGCAUAGUGACCAGGUUGUACUGCAGACAGGGAUACUACUUGCAGAUGAACCCAGAUGGAUGUCUGGACGGGACCAAAGAUGACGGCACUAACUCCUCCUUGUUCAACCUCAUCCCAGUGGGCCUUCGAGUGGUGGCCAUCCAGUCAGUCAAGAUGGGUCUGUACAUCGCCAUGAACGGGGAGGGACACCUCUACUCAUCAGAGCUGUUUACAGCAGAGUGUAAGUUUAAGGAGUCUGUGUUUGAGAACUACUAUGUGAUCUACUCGUCGAUGCUGUACAGACAGAAUGAGUCUGGGAGGGCCUGGUUCUUGGGCCUGAACAAGGAAGGACAGCCCAUGAAGGGCAACCGAGUGAAAAAGACCAAACCAGCCGCUCACUUCCUGCCCAAACCUAUAGAAGUUGCGAUGUACAAGGAGCCGUCGUUGCACGACGUCAGGGAGACAUUGCCUAAAGUUUCCGGAGUCCCGCCCAGCAAAAGCACAACCAGCGAACCAGUGGCCAUGAACGGGGGCAAACCAAUCAACAAACCCGACCCGAAGGAGACUGCAACAUAACCCUGCCCCCUCCUCUCCCCCCACACGACAGAGACUUGAGACUCUGCCCACUGCACUCAAACUCUCACCUUGAUUGGUCAAUUAUGGGCUAAGUCCCACCUCUUCUCUCUUUUCUCUCUCUUUCUCUUUUUGGCUGAUUCGGUGCAGUGGUGUUCGAGAUGAGGAAAUGGACCACUCCAUUUAGGGGAUGGGGGAGGGGAGGUGGAAGGGAGAAGAGGAGGGGAGAAGAAGGAGCAGGAAGGUGUUGACAAGGAGGAGGAGGAAGGGGAGGAGGAGGGGAAUUGGCUGAUUUUAUCAGCUAGAUAAACUACAAACUUGAACAGCGGAAUGCCCUACCUACGCGAUACGGAAUGCCUUUUUCAAAUCCUUACGAUUAUUUUUCUGUGACAAUCUGUGAGAAUGAUGACAAAGCGUUUUUUUCCCUCUUCCUUUUUGCCAGGUAGCCUUGCCUGCUGAUGGCUACCCAUAAGCCCCCUCUCUCACUCUGACGCACUAUAGCAAAAGAGUCCAUCCAUAUUGACCACAGUCUGUUUGUUCGUCUGUUUACCAAUUUGUUUGCUUGUUUAUAAUUCUAUACCCAAAAUGCACCAGCGACCGUCUGGAUAGAUUGUUGUAAUGACACAAAACAGAAUUGUCAUCUAUUUUUCAAAUGAUUGUCUCUCUCUCUCAUUAUUUCUUAGCUUCUCUCUCUCGCUUCCUCUUUCAUUCUUUCUUAGUUUCUUUCUCUCUCUGUCUCUCACACUCUCUCAUUCUUUCUUAGCUUCUCUCUAUCUCUACCUCCACAUCUCUAUUCUAUUUCUUACUAUCACUAUUUUCUCUGUGUGUUUGUAGGUUCAUUUAGGCAGUGAAGGACGCAGGAGGGCAAUACUUGUAUUUUGUAAGACAUGUAUAGAGGGAGAGGACUGGGGCUGGGGAUGAGAUGUUCAUGCGUUGGUAGUAUUGAGGAGGUAGCAGAUGCAAUGCAUGGUAGGUAGAGUGCAUGGUAGCAGAGUAACUAGCAUGUCCACAGAAGCUAUGGGUUUCUAUCCAGAGCCAUGGUCAAUUCAGGACAUGACCUGAAAUUCCAAUUCAAUAUUUGAAAAGUGCCAAAAGUUGCACAAGGGUGACCGACAUGUAGCAUUUUCACUGGCAACAUAUAGGUAACUGCCCAAAAUAAUGGAAACGCUUGAGUAAAUGAGGGAUGCUAAGUAUAUUGAAAGAAUGUGCUUCCAUACAGGUGUGGUUCCUGAGUUAAUUAAGCAAUUAACAUCCCAUCUUAAGGUAAUUUAUAAAAAUGCUGGGCAGGCCAUUAUUUUGGCUACCAUGGCUAUGCCCCCCUAGGAUGAUAAGGGUCCCCCAUCCACAGGGCACAAGUGGUAAAUGAACGUUUUGGUGAGCAUGAAGAUGGUGUAAACCCCAGGCAAUGGCCGCACAGUCACCAGAUCUCAACCCAACUGAACGCUUAUGGGAGAUUCUGGAGCGGUGCCUGAGACAGCGUUUUCCACCACCAUCAACAAAACGCAGGUUAGUGUUUUUUUGUCAUGAAUCUUGUUCUGGAGGCAGUUCUGCAGAGUGGUCACUAGCUAGCUGGCACAGGCACAAAUCAUACAAUCUGAUUUUAAACCUAACUUUAACCACACUGUUAACCCUAAUGCCUAACCCUCACCUUAAAUUAACACCAAAAAGCCCAUUUCACUUUGCAGCUGGCCUAUCUAAGGGGAAAUCGCUCAGUUCUGCCUCUAGGACAAGACUCGUGAGAAUAAACUUCAACCUGCCAAAAAAAACACCAAAUGAUGAAAUUUCUUGCAGAAGAAUAGUGUUGCAUCCCUCCAAUAGAGUUCCAGACACUUCUAGAAUCUCUGCCAAGGUGCAUUGAAGCUGUUCUGGCUCGUGGCACAACGCCCUAUUACGACACUAUGUUGGCGUUUCCUGUAUUUUGACAGCUCCCUGUACAUGCACACAUAGUGAAGUUGACAGAGUCAAAGAACGUACAAAAAUAUUGAAUGAACAGUAGAGUCACUACAGAGUCACUACAGGGAACAGUCCUAAACGGACCAGUAAAAUAAGUGAUGUUGGAGGUGUGGCUGUUAGCUGGCAUUGGUAAGAGGUACGCUGCCGCAGUCCUAUAUCCGUUGGCUUUCACACUGUGACUACAAACCUCCCAUCUUGGAGUUGUAGCUUUCUCAUUUAGAAGCCAUUGAUACUUUGACGUUACCCGUCGUUUGACUUUACCCAAACUCUUUUACGUGUCAUUCGUCUAAAUGAAAUAAGGGAAUGAUGUUGGUCUGUUACGUUUUUGUGCUGAAAUGUUUACUGUGAGGAUCAAGAUCUGUCACUUCCUGUAUAAGUAGCAGAGGUAGUUCGCUGAGCCUGUAACCGUGCCUGGGACCUGAAGGCUCACGUUAGCUCCAAGAGCUUAUAACAACAGUCAGCCACUGUAAAGCCUAUGAGCAAAACGGGCCAUGGAUGCCAAAUUUGCCCUGUGGCCCAGGCUGCUCAUGGGCCACCGUAAGCUUGCUAGCUGGGUGAGAUCAUAGAGAAACCACUCGAAAAGGUACGGUGUAUAAAAUAAAAAAAGAUUCCACUGGGCUGUUUGUGGGAAAGUGUUGAAGCAACAUUUGCUGUACUUCUUGUCCAGUGUUUUGUCUGUACCAAGCUGAACAAAAGCUGCUGUUCUUGGCAAAGAAAUGUAGACCUACAAUUUGAUGGUGUUGUGUCUUUGAGUUAAUGGUGUUUCUGUUCCUGUUGAAACCAGAGUCAUUUAAUAUGGAGAGUUGGGCCAACUGUAGAGCUGGGCACCACAUUGCUGCCUCUUGAGGAUUCAAUAUUGCCCAGUGACACGAACGUGGCUGCCAUCGAGCUCUGUGAUGUCAUAGUUCAGACUGCAUUGGCCAAACUCUCUCUAAGGUCUCUGAUUGAAUCCUGCCAUCGUUGAGCUCUAUGUGCUGCUGGAUUCUGAAUCUCUAACUGAUUACUUCAAGUGAGACUGGAUCCGUUUUUGUCAAAUUGAAUUGACUUUGACUGUGCAAAUGUACAAACCUCUCUCUCUUUCUCUCUCCCUUUCUUUCUUUCUCAACAUUCCAUCUCAUUCUUCCCCUUACCCCUGCCCACCCCUCUCUCUAUCUCUCCAUCUGUCUCUCUCUCUCUCUCCAGUCUAUACGUCUCUCACCUGUUGCAUGGUAAACAAGAAAGGCAGUGGAGAUAAGCAUGUAGUACUGUAGCCUAUGUGUAUCAAGUCAAAACAAAAAUAAGAAAAAAAGAGAUUGUGUCGGUAAAUGUACCGCUAACUUUACAUACAUAUAUAUGCAAAAGAGUUUGUCUGCACUGUACAGUUUGUGUCUCCAUUGUAUACACAGAUACAACAUAUUGAAUAAA